AUGAAGUCCUCGGUUUUGAUCCUGGCGGGUGGUCUGGCUGCCCUCGCAAACGCCCAGUCUGCGUGCCAGUCGCUCGCAUCUGCCAUCCCAUCCUGUGGUACGGCCUGUAUUAUUUCUGCCGCCUCCGCCGUCGGCUGUGCCAGCACCGACUACGACUGCCAAUGCAGCAGCUCCGCCUUUUCAGCCAUCAAUUCGGCCGCCCUCGGCUGCGUGGUGAGCUCCUGCGGCGCCGUCACAGGUCUGGAGGUCCAGUCCUCUGCUGAAGCCAUCUGCUCCUGCGCCGCGACCGCUGCUUCCAACUCCGCCACCACCACCGCGGCCUCCGGCUCUACGGCCUCGGCCACCACGGGCUCCAGCGGCAGCGCCGCGACUUCUUCAUCCUCGGGAAGCGGCGCCGCUCCGGGUUCCUCCAGCGGCAGCUCGGGGGCUUCCUCCACAGGCUCCUCGACUGGUGCUAGCUCCACCAAGUCGGGCUCGUCCUCGACCACCUCCGGGUCUUCUUCUUCCUCUUCCUCUUCCUCUUCCGCCGCUGGCUCUGGCUCGUCGUCGGCGGCUGCUUCUUCAACAGCUGCCAGCGGUGCUGGCGCUGUUGUCAGUUCGUCUGGUACCUUGCUCGGUGCUCUGCUUGCUGUCCUUGCAGCUCUGUAA